CUUCUUUCAUUCGAGUUAACGUUCGUGUUGUGGUAGUUCCACUUUUGACAUCUCAGAUUUUUGCUCAUUGCAUUUGCUGUUUCCAUAGUAGUGUUUCUGUCGUGAGCCAUGUCGGGACGCGGCAAAGGAGGAAAGGGGUUGGGCAAAGGUGGCGCUAAGCGUCACAGGAAGGUUUUGCGUGACAACAUCCAGGGUAUCACGAAGCCGGCGAUCAGGCGAUUGGCCCGAAGGGGCGGUGUCAAGCGUAUCAGUGGUCUGAUAUACGAGGAAACCCGUGGCGUGCUCAAGAUCUUUUUGGAGAAUGUCAUUAGGGAUGCUGUUACUUACACUGAGCACGCGAGGCGCAAGACUGUUACUGCUAUGGACGUAGUGUACGCCCUGAAGAGGCAGGGAAGGACCUUGUACGGUUUCGGAGGCUAGGCUGUGUUCUUCCUGUUGUCUCCACUUCAACUACUGGUGUUACUUAACACCACAAUUUUUUUGAAUUGUUAUCAAAUCUGCUACUGUGUGGUCCGUCAGUGAUCUGGCUUUUGAUC